GAAAAACAGUGUGAGGAUGCCUCGCAAGAAAGUAGUACCUGAGGACAAAAACAGCCAACUGGAGACAACUACCAGUGAAAAUCCACCUCCAAGGAAGACCAGGGGAAGGUCUCCCAAGCCUCCAGCAGCUCCGGACACUGGCCCUUCUAAAUCUUCCAAGAGUUCAACAGGAAAGGGAAAGAAGGACAAGAAAGAUGGUGAGACAUCAACAGCAAAGAGAAAACCUCGAGUCACUGCAAGUACUGGUGAUGCCUCUCCACCAAAGAAAUCCAAAAGCAUGGCCAAAAACAAAAAGACUGAGAGUGACACACAGGCUGAAACAGGAGAGAUGUUGAAGGAGAAAAAGAGGGAAAGAAAGACAAAGACUAAGAUAAAAGUGGAAGUGAAGGAUGAUGAUGAGGAGGCAGAGACUGAGAAAGUCAAAGGGAAAGGAAGAAAAAAUGCAAGCAAGACCAAACAGGAAGUGAAAGAAGAACCUCCAGCUGCAGCCAGUAGCAGUGCCGAAGCAGAGACCAAACCCAAGAGGAAGGCAGCCAACAAGGCCAGUGUGUUACUGGGAGGCCCUGGCCAGUUUAAAAAGUUUGUGGGAGCUCAUGUUUCCAUCACAGGUGGAAUAGAGAACGCUGUAGAGAAUGCAGUAGCCAUCAAUGCCCGGGCCUUCGGUCUGUUCCUACGCUCACAGAGACAGUGGGCGUGUAAACCCAUGGAGGAGUCUGCAGCCAGGCUAUUUAGGGAGGCCUGUGAGAAGCACGGCUUCUCACCUAGUCAGAUCCUUCCCCACGGCAGCUACCUGCUGAACUGCGGAGCGCCCAACCCCGAGACCCUGAGGAAGAGUCGGGAGGCUCUGGUGGAUGAGCUGAAGAGAUGUGAACAGCUGGGACUCACCAUGUACAACUUCCAUCCCGGUUCUUCCUGUGGUGAGAUCACAGUAGAGGAGUGUCUGACCAGGAUAGCAGACAGCAUCAACCUGGCUCACCAACAGACCAGCGGUGUUACCACAGUGAUAGAGAACAUGAGUUGUCAGGGUAACACAGUGGGAGGGAAGUUUGCAGAGCUGCGUGGGAUCAUCGACAGAGUGGAGGACAAGUCCAGGGUGGGUGUCUGCAUCGAUACCUGCCACGCUUUUGCUGCAGGGUACAACCUUUCUACCCAGGCUGGGUUUGAUCAGAUGAUGCAGGAGUUUGAGGAUACUGUGGGGUUUUCAUAUCUCAGGGCCAUGCACAUCAAUGACUCAAAAGGUGAUGUUGGGUGCCAUCUUGACCGCCAUGAGAACAUCGGAAAAGGGAAGAUCGGCAUUGAAGGCUUCAGACGAGUCAUGAACGACCCACGACUAAACAACAUUCCAAUGAUCCUGGAGACACCGAUGGGUUUGGAUGAUGAAGACGAGAUCAGGAUACUGUACUCCCUAUGUGAGGACCUAUAGUCUGGACCAGGAGACCUCAUCAACUAUGCAGAAGGAACAUCCUCCUUCCUAAAAAUAAGUUUCAAAAUUCAGCUGCAUUCUUUUUGCCUUUAACUUGUUCUUUGUUUCUGUUGAAUGCUCCAGUUGAAUGCAAAACUUUCUUUUCUAAGAUCUUUGAUAGUCUAGCUUGUUUUAGGUAGUCAUGUUUU